UACAACUUGUUUAUAAAAGUAACUCUGAUUUAAUAUUUUUGUUUCUUAUUUUUUCUAAAACAAUAUAUAUAAAACUUUACAAAUUAGAUUUACAAAUAUAAAAGGGUAAAUGAAUUACAUGUAUUUAACAAUUUAAUAAGCUAAUUUAGUUUAAUUAAAACAAAAAAAAAAUCCUUGUUCAAUUUAAAAGAGUAGAUGCAACUCAGCAUACAAAAAUGAAUACUUCAACAACUACAAAAUAUUAUAUUUGAAACCACAUAUCUAAUUAAGAUGAGAACAUAAUCAUACUUAAUACAAUUUUUUAUUUAUUUACUACACAUAUAAAUUACAAAAUAACUUAAUAUUUAUAAUAAGCAAAAAAAAUUAUUUAAAAAUUAUUAUAAUUUAAUUAUUUUACUAAAUGUUUAAUUAUAUUCCUAAAUGUUUAUCACCUAGUUUAAAGUAAAAUCAAUUAUAUAUUUCAUAACAUCUGACAGAAUAUUAAUGUUAGUUUCAUAUGUGUGCAUUUAUUUUAAUAGAAUAAGUUAUUAUUAAAAUUUGUUUUCGUUACCUUACGUAAUGAAAAAAUAAAGUAGUCAAUUUAAAAGAUUUCUUUUUUAUACUGGAAUUUUAAUUAAUUCUAGAGAGAUAAUGCUUUCUAGAUCUAUCUUAUUAAAACAGAAACAUUGUUUAGAUAAAUUAAAUAAUUAAAAAACUCAAAUAAUUUAUAAAACAAUGAAAAAAAUAGAACAGGUUUAAAUACUACAAAAUAUUUCAAUCAAUAAUAAAUCAAUUAAAUUAAUGAAUUAUUCAUUUAUAUUUCCUAAAUAAUGGUUAUAUCAUUUAUUUAAGUACCAUAAUAAUUCAAUAAUAACCAUUACAUAAAAUAUAUAUCUAUCUUAUUAAAAUAGAAACAUUGUGUUGGACCUAACAUUUAUUUUGUAAGUUUUUAAAUUAAAUACAACAUUCUACUUUAUUGUUAAACUUACAUUAAAUCACUAAUAUUCAUUUCUUUAUACUACUAUCCAUGUUUCCAAAUGAUAGACCAUGUUUUUUACCCACUUUUAUCCAUGGUUAAUAAGUUUUAAUAAAUAAUUACUAUCAUAUAGAGUCUAUUUAGAGUAUUUACAAUUUCAGGUACGUUCCGGAGAAAUAUGGUGAUUUUGAAGCAUUUUGAGGUGCAGAACUGCACAGACUCGUCAGAUGUCUAGCUAUGGAUGGAGACUUUCAUACCGUUAGAUUGAGCCCAUCGUUUGACACAAGAUAGAGCUUUGAGUUAGCUUUCCAAUGCCGCCGGUCUGAGGUCAAUCAGCAUUUUGUAGCAGAAGUUAUGCCCGUUUUACUGAAGAGUAGUCAGUCUGCCUCGCGAGAGGAAGCUGUCGAGGAGAUGAAGGACUUUCGAUGGAUGAAACAACAUUGGUGUCGGUUGACAGUGAUGCCAGAAUAUGGUCUGAGCAUAUUUUAUGACCGACUGAAGCCCAGAAGCAACCCGAAAUUACCAGAAUGCCCUUGGACGACCUGAAACCCUAUAUAUGUUAUUUAUAAGUCAUUGUUGAUGGCUACAUGCUAUCUAAGAUUUAUUUUAUUCAUAGUUCUAGGUUAGGAGAGAAGAGAGGAAAUCAUUUAGAGUCCUCUUGGAACCAUUUUUUUUGGUUUUAUUUAUAUUUUAUGUUAUCCAUCUAUUCAUCUAUGAUUUCUGUGACAAACAUCAUGCAUGAGUAGAUCCACCUGCUAGGUUUAGAAAUUUCUAGGGUUUUGAAUGAUUUCUGAAUUAUAUGAUUGUUAGGAUAUCUAAAGAUCUCUACAUCAGGAUUGCUUGAACCUAGAAUCAUAGGACAAUUGAGAUGCACGAGAUUGCAAUCAAUUAACGGAACCCGAAUCCUGCUGGAUUAGAUACCUAGGCGCAUACGAGAGUUGGUCUAGGAAUUUAGUUGAACUUAUUCGAUCAGAUCGAUAACGCUUGCCUAAUCCAGCGUCGAUCGACGCUUAUACCAUAGCAUCGAUCAAUGCUUAUACCGAAGCAUCGAUCGAUGCUUAUACCGAAGCAUCGAUCGACGCUCAUACCAUAGCAUCGAUCGACGCUCAAUCUGUGUUGACAUGCGAAUGUUGAAACAUGGAACUUAGUCAAUAGAUUAGACUCACAGUGAGAGCUGGUUGUCUUUUGCAUUAGAUAUAGAGUUCUAGAAUCAAUCCUUAGCAUCUAUAGAUUAGAGUUCUAAUAACCUUAAUGAAACCCUAAGUCUAGCAACCAUCCUUCCAUCAAACCUCAAUCAAUCAGCCGAGCAACUGCCUUGCUCAUCACUGCAAUUUACUAUAUUUACUGCAUUAAUAAACUAUUAGUCUAGCUUAAUCAUAAACUAUUUAGAUCUAUUGUGUGCCCUAGCUCUCUGUGGAUUCGAUCCCUAAGUACUACAACUGAACCUCUUAUUUAAGAGAUUAAAGUCACUCCUUAGGGUAAUUUGAGUGAUAUCACCAAACAAUAUACUCAUUUCUUUAUACUACUAUACAUGUUUCCACACCUUUCUUUAUACUACUAUACAUGUUUCCAAACAAUACUAUAAUUAAUCUUGUGUCCAAACAAUAUAAAAUAUUAGAUCUCAUCUUUUUAAUAAUUUCAAACAAUCUUCUUCCAAAUUAUUUAGAUAAAAUAAAUAAUUGAAAAUUUUAAAUAAUUUAUAAAAAAAUGAAAAUAAAUAGAACUACAAAACCUUUCAAUCAAUAUUAAAUCAAUUUAAGUAAUGAACUAUUUCAUUUAUAUUUCCUAAAUAAUGGUUAUAUCAUUUAUUUAAGUAACAUAAUAAUUCAAUAAUAACCAUUAUAUAAUAUAUAUAUAUAUAUAAACGUUAUAUAUUGUACAAUAAAUAUAAUUACAAAAAUCUAUCUUAUUAAAAUAGAAACAUUGUGUUGGACCUAACAUUUAUUUUGUAAGUUUUAAAUUAAAUACACCUUUCUACUUUAUUAGUUAAACAUACAUUGAAUCACUAGUAUUUCUUUCUUUAUACUACGUUUCAUGUUUUCAAACAAUAUACUCAUUUCUUUAUACUACUAUCCAUGUUUCUAAACCUUUCUUUAUGCUACUAUCCAUGUUUCCAAACAACACAUAAUUAAUCUUGUGUCCAAACAAUAUAAAAUAUUAGAUUUCAUUUUUUUAAUAAUUUCUAACAAUUUUCUUCCAAAUUAUCUGGAUAAAUUAAAUAAUUAAAAAAUUAAAAUAAUUUAUAAAACAAUGAAAAUAAAUAGAACAGAUUUUUACAUGUUUAAAUACUACCAAACAUUUCAAUCAACAAUAACUCAAUUAAAUAAAUGAAUUAUUUCAUUAUAUUUCCUAAAUAAUGGGUAUCAUUAAUUUAAGCAAUGUAAUAAUUCAAUAAUAACCAUUACAUAAAACAUAUAUAUAUAUAUAUAUAUAAACAUUAUACAUUAUACAUUGUACAAUAAAUAUAAUAACAAUAAUAAUUAAGAAAAGUGUUCAAAAUAUAUGUUAUCUAAAGAUAAGUGCAUAACACUAAUUGUUAACAACAAAUUUAAACUGAUUAUAAUAUAAACCAAAUAAUUAACAAGAUAAAUUACACAAAACAAUUAUAAUAAAAUUAAUUAAACUAUAUAAAAAGGAGUAAUAUGAUCAAGACAUAUUUAUAGUUCUUAAUUAUUUUAUAUCUAUUAUUUUCUCUAUAAAAAUUAUCUAGAAACAUCAUAAUUUUAUAAAUUGCAAAACAAUGAGCUUUAAUAUUUGGAUUAAAUGAUGAAAAUUAUGAAACUAAAUCAAAUUGGAUUACAUAUCGGUCAUCCAUCGGUUCAAUCGGUUAGUCUCGGAUUUUAGUGAUUUUUAAAUAUGGAUAUUUAAAAAACCUUAUAUUGAAUUAUCAGAUCACCGAAUUAACCGAUUUGACCGUGGAUUCGUAUCGAAUUUAAAAGGACUGAUUUAAAUGCAAAGAAAAAUUAAAUACAAAAAAUUCUUACAAAUUAACAAAAUAUCUCUUAAGUUAUUAGUUGAAUUUUUUAUCAUAAAAUCCUCUGUGUUUGCAAAGCGCGUAUCAACGUCUAGUUUAUUGUUACAGUUUAAUGUUCACUGUUUAUGAUUAGGUCAUCAAGCUGAUACACGGAUUUAGACGUGUGCCGACUGUGCAUUUGGGCAUGACCCUACUCUCGUUUUGUAGUAAAUUUUUUGAAAAUGUUAGGGGUUCUCAAGUUUUUAUUUUUUUGUUUUAAGAAUUGGUCUUAAUAUUUUGAAUUGUAUAAAAAGGGUCCUAAAAUUUUGAUUGUCCACAGAGCCCAAAUAUACUUUACCCUGGCAUGAGGUCAACGCGUAUUCCAGUUUUGCACAAGCAUGCUGUCAGCAAAUCAUAGGCGUCAAAAAAAAUUAACCUCUUCUGACUCUAAACAAAUCUUACAAAAAUAGAGAUAAAAACUAAAAAAAUAAAAAUUGAACGACAAUAUUACAAAGCCUUUUCCCAAAACCCAAAUUCGAAGAUUCAAAUUAAAGCACUUUUGUUCCAAAUUGUACGCUUUUGGCUAGUUUCUUGGCUUAUAUUCAUGAAUACAACCAUUUUCGAUGGCGAUUGCACAUCGUCAUUCUUUAACAUCUCAUCUGAUGGAUUGUGGGAGAAUCUAAAGUCACCCGAUAUGAUUUUUGGGUAUUCGCUACCUCUUUUAGAGAUCCAGAUAUUACUCAUUUUCAUCUUCAUCGUCAUGACUCAUAUGUUCCUUAGACGCAUUGGCAUUUCCCAGAUCGCUUCCUAUAUGAUCGCUGGACUGAUGCUAGGGCCCCAGCUUUUUGAUGUAUUAGAGAAAUCUUCAGGAAAAAUAUCUGAAGAUCCUGCGUUAGAUGGAAACGCGACCUUAAGAAGCAUCUCAGUGUUUGGAACCAUAAUGUUUACAUUUUUGAUGACUCUUAGAACCAGCCGGAGAGUGGCGUUCAUUAGCGGAAAGCUGCCCGUUGUGAUCGGGAUUUUGUCCUUCUUUGCUCCUCUGUUCGGUCUCGGUUUCCAGAACCUCUUCUCCGACAGCAUUGACCCUAAUUACAUGCCUCUGAAAACAGGACUAGGCGAGCGCACAGCAAUCGUCAUAACACAGUCUUCCAUACUUUUGCCUUCCACAACAUACAUCUUGCUAGAGCUCAAGAUCCUCAACUCUGAGAUCGGUCGCCUUGCAUUGUCUGCAUGUGACAUCAACGACAUCUUUGGGAUAAUUUCCAUGGUACUCGCUUCUAUUCACGCAACGUACAAGAAUGUUUCACAUGUAACAGCCUAUCGUGACGCUGUCGCAGUGGUCAUCUUCGUUCUCAUCGUCUUUCUUUUUUUUAAGCCCAUCGUGCAAUUGAUCAUAAAUCGCACACCGGAAGGCAAACCCGUGAAGAAUAUGUAUGUUAACGCUGUGAUUCUUACCGCAUUGGCUUCCUCUGUUUAUUCUAUGAUAUUUAACAUGAAAUAUGUCCUGGGACCAUUAGUAGUCGGUCUUGUCAUACCCGAGGGUCCACCUUUAGGAUCGGCAUUGGAGUCUAAGUACGAGAAGCUCACAAUGAACGUCUUCUUACCAAUCUCGAUCACAGUCAGCGUGAUGAGAAGUGAUGCAAUGUGGAUGUUCGCCGAGUUCAGUCACAUCCUCGUUAAUAUCUUCCUAACGGCUUUAACACUUGUCCUAAAAUUUGUCGCAUGCCUUGCACCUUGCUUGUACUAUAAGCUACCUCUCAACGAAUCCCUUGCUGUUUCCAUCAUCUUGAGCUGCAAAAGUUUCGCUGAUUUCGUUCUCUAUGAGUCCGUAUUAGACGCAGCAUAUAUAUCACAGGCAACGUACGCGUUCUUGAUCAUUUAUUCGCUGCUAAAUGCUGGGAUUGUUCCAGUAGUGUUAAGGAGAUUGUACGAUCCGAAAAGGAAGUACGUUAAUUACCAAAAACGGAACAUAUUGCAUUUGGAACCAAAUUCCGAUCUUCAGAUUAUAACUUGUUUGCACCGACCUGAGAACGUCUCUGCGACCAUUGCAUUCCUACAGUUGUUGUCCUCACCAAACCUAGAUUUCCCUAUAGCGGUCACGGUUCUUUAUCUGGUGAAGCUCGUAGGCCAGAUCAAUCCUGUUCUGAUCUCCGACAAUAAGAAGUCGAAACGACUUCAUACCGACUCUUACAUCCAUACCGCAAAUCUUGCAUUCAGGAAGUUCAUGCUAGAAGGCUUGAAGUCCGUAACAGUGACCACGUACACCGCAUUCUCGCAUGAGAAGAUGAUGCACGAAGAUAUUUGCACGCUUGCACUUGACCAGACAUCGUCAAUGAUUAUUGUCCCUUCAGGGAGGAGAUGGACCGUAGAUGGAAUGUUCGAAUCAGACGACGACGCCAUAAGGCGACUAAACCAAGCGUUGCUACAGAGUGCGCCUUGUUCUAUUGGAAUACUAAUUGACCGUGGACAUUUCUCACGCAAAGGCAAUGAUGUAUCGAGCAAGAAAAAUUACAAUAUUGAUGUCGGUGUUAUUUUUAUCGGCGGCAAAGAUGAUAGAGAGGCAUUAUCAUUGGUGAAGAGAAUGAAACAUAACCCAAGGGUUCGUGUAACCGUGAUCCGACUCUUGUUCAAACAAGAGAUAGAGCCAGAAAACUGGGAGUACAUUCUGGACAAUGAAGGCUUAAAGGAUUUCAAGAUUGCAGACGAAAUGAGCAAUGUUGAUUACACGGAGAGGACUAUGACCAGUGGAGCUGAGGUUGCCAGCAUCGUCCAAUUCCUGGCCCACGAGUAUGAUCUUAUGGUGGUUGGAAGAGAUCAAGGCAUUGCAUCACCAAACUUUUUAGGACUAACAGAAUGGGUCGAACUUCCAGAGUUAGGUGUCAUUGGAGAUUUUUUAGCCGCUAAAGAGCUUAGCUCUAAGGUUUCUGUUUUGGUAGUUCAACAACAGCAACAGACGUGAGAUACUCAUAUAUCUCCUUUUAUCGCAGAGACUAUGUUCUUUUAGGACAGCUUUCAAAAUAUGGAACGUAUAAACAGAUCAUUCGUUUGUUUUAAAUAUUUACUUAGGUG